AUGCUUAAUGUUUCCCAACUAGCAACUCCUCGAGAAUCCGAUUUUAUCCAACGACCUCCUGCAUGGCUUAAACUUGCUACUCAGAGUGCUAAUGGAAGUUCCAAGCAAAGCAGGAGUGAGAAGAAGAGUCGAAAGGCCAUGUUAAAGCCAGGCACGAAGCCAUUUACUGGUGCUGUUUUCAUCUCGAAACCCGAUGUCUUCAAGAGUCCAAAUUCCGAGACCUAUGUCAUUUUUGGUGAGGCUAAGAUAGAGGAUUUGAGCUCUCAGCUACAGACACAAGCUGCCCAGCAAGUCAGGGUGCCAGACACGGGCUCUUUGACGGCAAAACCACACAGUUCUUCUACGGCUGCUGGAGCACCGGCUGAUGAGGAAGAAGAGGUUGAUGAGACUGGUGUAGAUCCUAGGGACAUUGAUUUAGUCAUGACACAGGCUGGGGUUUCAAGGGCCAAAGCUGUCAAGGCUCUCAAGAGUAACAAUGGUGACAUUGUGAUUGCUAUUAUGGAGCUUACCACUUAGGUUGUCUCUGUCAUCU